ACUUACUGCUGACUUGAGUCUUAUUGCAUUUGUUUGUGCAUGAGAAAUGAGCAACGUGUUGGAGAGGCAACGUGAAUGACCUCAACGCUCAAGAGGUCAUCGAGGAGAAAGUACUUCACAAAGGCAUAUGCAUUUUGAUGAGCGACCUAUAGUGCCACCUUGCAGCUCAUCUUAUCGAGGUUCGAGCUCGGUAUCAAGGCCUCAUGCUGAGCAGAGAGUUGAAGUUGCGCCUUCAAGUUCUCGUAGACGCACGCAUGAGGAUUCUAAUGCUAAAGAUGACGUACCACUCAUUUGGCAGAGAAUGAGCUCUGAGGCUCAACCCGUUCAGCCCGUCAUGGUACACUCGUCUAAUGUGCCUCCAACCUCAGCACGUGACGCUGUGAAGACUAUGCCAGCAUCUACAUCUGCAUCCGAUCCAAGGAUUGUAUACCUGGAAGGCUUCAGUUAAAAAGAACUAACUGCCACACUACCACAAUUUAGGGUAUGCAAAGUUUUAUUCCCCCAGUGGACCGGCAUCAUGCAAAGGGCUAUAUACAACAGCAUGGAGGUCAUGCUGCUAUGCUAAAAAUGAUGGACAUAAGUACUUUCUUUAACAUUUGUGUCAGUGUAUUUUCUCUAUUUUUUGCUAGAGACUAAUAUAGCAUGAGUUGCGUG